GUAGUCGCCAUAAACAAAAACAUAAUCAUUUCCGCGGAGAAACCCAUAGUAUCAAAAAGGCUCACCAACCCUAAUCUCUCUGAUCUUCACUUCCACUCCAAUCUUCUUCAUAAACUCUUCAUCAAGCUCUAAUUAAGCAUCAAAUGGGUCUCCUGUAACCGUUUCCUUCUCGCGUGAACCCCCCCUUUUGUAAUUAUUUAUCUUGAAUUAAGCCAUGUAGAAAAAGAUUGAGUUUUUGAAGGAAUAGUUUCUGUACAGAUCUGUGUGGCUCUUGCUCGUCAGAGGAUUCCACGCCUAAAUGCUGAUAUUUUUGUGAUUUGGGCUUGUUUUGCAUUUACUUUUAUAUGUAAAUUUUGGUUUUUUUGUCUUGUGCCGAACCUAAUUUUGUCUCGAUUUGAAGAUCGAGUUUGGUUAUUGUGUGCCGAAAUUUCUUGUUACUAGUUGCCGUUGUUGGAAUAUUUUUGAUUUGUUAUAAAGAUUGAUUUUGUCGGGGUUUUAGUAGAAAUGCUUUUUUAGCAUGAUUUAUGGGGCCAGGCAUCUUUGUUAACUACAGCAUUCCUGGAGUAAUUUUGGUGGGUUUUGAUGAUACUUUUCAUCAAAAGUUGGGAAUUUUAGGCGUUAGCCUUACAGGGUUAUGAUAUUUGGUAUUAGCUGAUUGCUGAAGCAGGAGAGAGAAUCAGUUUCUUGAGUUGAUACAUCAUUUUUUGUCAAUUAUGUCAUUCAAGAGUAUACUUCAGGAUAUGAAGGGUGAAUUCGGGAGCAUAUCUAGGAAGGGGUUUGAAGGGAGAUUUGGGAGGUCUAGGUCUCACCGGGUAGUCGAGGAGUCUACGGUGACUGCUGUGGAUGCUCUGAGGCAGAGCUGCUGGGCGAAUAUGCCACCAGAGCUCUUGAGGGACGUGCUUAUGCGUAUUGAGGAAUCAGAUUGUGAUUGGCCCUCGAGGCAGAAUGUUGUUGCUUGUGCUGGUGUCUGUAGAAGCUGGAGGGAUAACAUGAAGGAGAUUGUUAGAAACUUGGAAGUGUCUGGAAAGAUUACCUUUCCUAUUUCUGUGAAGCAGCCUGGUCCAAGAAACACCCUAAUUCAGUGUUUCAUUAAGCGGAAUCGAAGCUCUCAAACAUAUCUCCUAUACCUUAACUAUAGUCAAGCUUCUAAUGAUAAUGGGAAGUUUCUUCUUGCUGCUCGAAGAUGUCGACGGCCAACUUACACUGACUACAUAAUAUCUCUGAAUGCUGGAGACAUAUCUAAGACCAGCAGCAACUACAUCGGGAAGUUGAGGUCUAAUUUUUUGGGAACCAAGUUCACAGUCUUUGAUGCUCAGCCCCCAAAUGCUGGAGCUAAAGUUACUAAAUCUCGUUCAACGAGGUUAGUAGGAAUGAGACAAAUUGCUCCUAGGGUCCCUGCUGGCAACUUUCCGGUGGCCCACAUUGCUUACGAGUUGAAUGUUUUAGGUUCGAGGGGACCAAGGCGGAUGCAGUGUGUCAUGGAUACUAUCCCUUUUGCUGCAAUUGAGACAGGAGGUAGUGCUCCAACACAAACGGCAUUCAUACCAGGAAACUUCGAUUCGUUUCCCUCUCUCCCAUUUUUUAGGUCAAAAUCGAUGCGCUCGGAUAGCUUCCAAUCUGGACCCCUAUCAACACCCAAAGAAGAAAUGCUAGUAUUAAAAAAUAAGACUCCUAGAUGGCAUGACCAACUCCAAUGCUGGUGCCUCAACUUUAACGGGCGUGUCACUGUCGCCUCAGUGAAGAACUUCCAGCUCGUUGCAUCCCUGGAGAAUGGAGCUGGAGGGCAAGAGCAGCAGCAGGAGAAUGUUGUCCUCCAAUUCGGGAAGGUCGGGAAGGACAUCUUCACCAUGGACUAUCAGUACCCGAUUUCUGCUUUCCAGGCGUUUGCCAUCUGCCUCAGCAGCUUUGACACCAAGAUUGCGUGCGAAUGACGAACCAGGUGUGAGUUUCCUAGUCUUUGGACUUAACAAGGGGUGUGUGAAUCUGACCACAGUGAAAAACAUAUCUGAAUUGUUCCUUAAUUUAGCAGAAGAAACAGAAAACAGAAAAGAAAUGUUUCUUUUUUGUCAUGAAUUUGAAUUUGAGCAUCAUCAACUUGAAUUUAUAGGAAAUGAGCCGAUCUUGUUACUACUUUGCAGCAACAGCUGAUAAUUCAUAUAUGUUGAUAUUGAGUUUA